AUGUGGACACAAAACAUGUGGCACCACUGUACUAUUCAGAAAAAAUCUGGUUUGUUUUUUUUAAUGCAGAAAACCAGCACGUCCUCCUUAAAAGGAAAUGUUUAUAGCUAAUGAAUUUCUUAAGUCCUGGUAAUAUGGGAUUUUUUUAUAGUGUUAUGGGGUUUGUGUGUGCUGCUCUACUAACCUGCCCUUCCUUCAGUUGUGACAAUUGCACUGGUUACAUUCAUGGCCACCUAUGAAUUGGCCUGAUAUUUGUGGUUAGUCCUGGCAGCCUGAAAUAGUGAUGUUUUUUUGAUGGAAUACCGUUUAACACAAGUUAUGGGGAGUACAGGGAAGCUCACACUGUUACUAUAGCAUGAGUGACCUCACGUGAUACUUCCCAGGCAUUUACACAACUUCAAAAUGUAAAUAUAAUUAGACAAUACUUCCCUCAUCUUCUCACAGUCAAAAAAAGUUUCCUUUUAAAUACAUCUUCUGUGUCACCUAAUUACUGUCUUUGAUCAGGAAACAUACCCAGUGGCAAACUUCUGAAAGCACAUUGAGUCACCUUGGCUCUCAAAAAUCCUGACAAACAAGCCUCCUUGAUUUUCUGUUUCAGUAUAACAUAGAUAAUUAAAGUCAAAGCAAAGAUUAAUUAGGUAAUUAAUUUUCUGCUUAUACACAAAUAAACUUGUGCUCCCUUGUAAAUGUUAAUGAGACCAUGACAAUGAGCCCCAAGAAAUUUGUGGCACUCUGCAACAAGAAAUCUUAAAAUACUUGUAAAGAUUUUGUGAAAGGGUUGAAAAGUAACAAAAAUAGUAAACUUUUGCUUUGAAAAACAAGUGCCUUCCUCUGUAGAGCAGCCCAAGUGUGCCUGCUGCAUCCAUGGAAGCUGUUCAUUCAGUGAAGGUCAAAGGUUUUGUUGUUGGCACACCAGCUGAUCAUCUGUAAGCCUGUCAGGCCGAACUGCUGAGCAUGACAAACUGCUUUGCACUGCUGACGUUCGUCACAGGACCCUGGGGUUUUGCACGAGGAUUAGUCAGGCUCUAUUUGGAAACGCCCUCAACUGCACCUUGUGCUGCUAUAUUAGUGUUUCUCAAGCAAGAGGAAUUUUCUUUUGCUUCUGCAGCUGCUCCUGGCAAAACCCUCUGCCUGUAUGCAAGCCCCACUUCUCUGGAUUCUGCUUGCCAUCUAUGCUGUUGCAGUAGAAAAAAAUCAAGGACAGAAGAUUCAGGAGUGCUCUAAGCUCAGCACACAGAUGCCAGAAUUUCAGAAGAAGACUGUCCAUAUUAAGGAUCCAGGGAGAGUAGAGGAGAUUAUUUGUGGCCUCAUCAAAGGUGGAGCUGCCAAACUUCAGAUUAUUACAGAUUUUGAUAUGACAUUAAGUAGAUUUUCCUACAAUGGAAAAAGAUGUCCAACUUGUCAUAACAUCAUUGAUAACUCUAAGAUCAUCACAGAGGAAUGUCGGAAAAAGUUAUUGCAGCUGAAAGAAACCUAUUAUGCUAUUGAAAUUGAUCCAGCUCUCACUAUUGAAGAAAAAUAUCCGUAUAUGGUAGAAUGGUACAAUAAAUCUCAUGCACUACUCAUUGAACAAGGCUUACAAAAGGAUAAGUUUGCAGAAAUUGUGAGAGAAUCUGAUGUUAUGCUGAAAGAAGGAUAUGAGAACUUCUUUGAUAAGCUCAGUGAACAUAAUAUUCCUGUGUUCAUAUUUUCUGCUGGGAUUGGGGACAUUCUUGAGGAAGUUAUCCACCAGGCUGGGGUCUACCAUUCUAAUGUCAAAGUGGUUUCCAAUUUCAUGGAUUUUGAUGAAAACGGAAUAUUAAAAGGAUUUAAAGGAGAAUUGAUUCAUGUUUACAACAAACAUGACGGUGCCUUGAAGAAUACAGAGUACUUCAAGCAACUAAAAGACAACAGUAAUAUCAUACUGCUGGGUGAUUCUCAAGGAGAUUUGAGUAUGGCAGAUGGAGUAGCAAAUGUUGAGCACAUUCUGAAGAUUGGCUAUCUUAAUGAUAAAGUAGAUGAGCUUUUGGAAAAAUAUAUGGACUCUUACGAUAUUGUUUUGGUGAAGGAUGAAUCCCUGGAAGUUCCCAACUCCAUCCUACAGAAAAUCCUGUAAAUUGCUGGCUCAAGUCACUCCAUUCCUUCCAGAAGGCAAGUGGACAGAAGAGCAGAUGUGUGCUAUCUUAGAUGUCUUCAUUACUCAUUUACAGAACUUUUUAAUUUAAUUUAAAACUUUUAUCCUGGUUUUGGUAUUUUGAAAUAUAUAGGACAUAUCUGUGGUCAACUAGAAGCUCCGUUUACUGCUCUUAACACUGUUCUUACUUAUUGUCUCACACUCCUCUUAUAACAUGAUUUAAAUCGGAUUUAUAGAUGUGAUAAACUGCUGCUGCUGGGAUGCUGUGGUUCACUGUCUUUUAAACAGGCAUUUCAGAGGAGCAUUUUCAAAAAUGUGGCUGUUUUGUAAAACUGAAGAUGUAAACGUUCUGUGAACAAGCAGCAUGCACCUUUGUGUUGCCUUUUCUUCUUUGAAAGAAGAUACUUCAGUCUCAGCUGAAGAUCUUACUCACCUGCUACGUACAGACUUUGACAGAAGUUUUUCAUACGUAUAUUUUUCUUCAGUAAAAAAUGCUUUAUUCACCCAA